AUGAAGUUCGGCUUGAGCAUACCGCGUAAAGAUGGGACUAUCAAGUGUGUUGCGAAAAGACGUACGUUCUUGUCAGACGACAACGACGAUCUGUAUUGGGGAUAUAGGCGCGUCGUAUGCAGAGAGGAGGUGUUGCGAAAUAAAAAUGGAUAUCUGCCUGCAGGCGUAUUGACCAUCAAGUGCGAUCUUACGGUUUCUCGUGAAAGUUCCUCCUUGAUUUCUCCUAUAGGAAGAGGAAAUCAUCUUACAGGUACGAGUUUGCCCCAGAGUAAAGACUCCGGUUCUGAAGAGAUAGAUGCAUUUUCUAUGAAUGAUGAAUCAUUUAUGGAAGGAAACAGUUCCAACCCGUUAGCUAACGAUUUUGAGGCACUGUUCAACAACCCGAGAUUUUCCGAUGUCACCCUGAAAGCAGGAGAUCACGAGUUCUCGGCGCACAAGCUGGUGUUGAGCAGCCGAUCGAAGGUGUUCGAUGCCAUGUUCCAGCGCGACACGCAGGAGAAUCGACAGGACACAGUCGACCUCGCCACCACGGAGGUCGACACUGUCAAGGACAUGCUCCGUUACGUUUACUGCGGCAAAGUGCGCCGGUUGACUCCCGGAGAUGCUCUUCGCCUGUACGCGGCGGCGGACCGGUACGACUUGCGAGAACUGGUGCACCAUUGCCGCGCGAUCAUGCUGAGCGGGUUGUCGAUCGACAAUAUCUGCGAAAUAAGCUCCGUCGCCGACUUGCACCAUGACCAGACACUCAUGGACGCCGUGAAAGCGCUUCUGGCCGAAAACACGAAGCAGGUUUUGAAGACGGACAAGUGGCAGGAAUUUGCAAAAGAGAAUCCAAGCUUGGUGCUGAAUUUAAUUCACGCUGUAAUUCUAAAUAAUUGA